AUGUCAAUUAAUCAAGCACAUUAUCAAAAUGGUCUGUUACUUUAUCAAGGUGAACAAAUUGUAAAUCACUCGAAGAAUGUAACAUUAUCAUUUGAUGAUACUAGUCGACAAUGUGGUGAAGUAUUUCGUGGAAAACAUAAAGGAAAAGUAUUUGUAACAUCUCAUCGAAUGAUAUUUCUUAAUGAUGAUCAACGAGAUAAUUUACAAUCAUUUGCUGUAGCUUUUAUCUGCUUCACAUCCAAAUGGUAA